AUGACUGUGCGACGAACGAGCGCCAACCAGCAACUGGCGGACGCUUUGGCGGACUCGUGGUCAAUCAAGGCGGAAGCGGCGGAAGAAACCGCGGGCGCGGGCACAGGCAGCGGAAGCGCGGCUGCGGCCGCGGCAUUGAGCACCCAGCGCGCGGAGGCGGAGCUGGCCAGCGCGGAGGUGUGGGCGGAAGGAUCUGGUGCGUUGCGCGGGGGUGUUGCUCCCGCUGAAAGCCCCAGCGGUGGAGAGAAGCGCGCGGUGUCGCAAGAGUUUGCGACAUUGGCGGCGCCAGCAGCGGCCGAUCCAACUGAUCUCCUUAACGUUCAUUGUGCAUCCGUGUCGCCCCACGUGUCAGGAGGACUCGUUGAUUACCAGCAGCAUCCCUCUGGACUCGCCUUAUUGACGGACCAAUUGGAGCCAGGAGAAAGAAGUGAGGUUAAUCCUGACCGUCGACUCGCGGAUCUGGAAGCGUAUCCUUUGGGUGACGUGGAAGUGGCCGCGACUUGCGGGCCGAAGGACACGUGGCAGAGCGGGAGCAAACGGCGAGCCGCGCUAAUGGAUCUAACGAAUGUGACUGUCCGUGAUGGUGACCGUAACGGUGGUGGGCGCGUGGGCGGUGCGGGAGAUCGUAUCGGAGGAGAGAAGGCGGGACGGAGGGAGACGAUCGCCCCCCCCUCGCCCCCCGCAUUCCGCGGGACAGCACCGGAGCCAGCGGCUCUGGAUGCUGCACUUGCUUGCGCACACCCGACAUUGGAAGCAGGCGCAGCAGAGGCAGCGGCAGGAGGAGCAGCAGUGCAGAGAGCAGCAUCACCAUCAUUACCACCACCACCAUCAGCAGCAACAGGCGGGUCGUCCCCCCGCCAUGUCUAUGUGUUUGGACAAAGCAUCGCCACUCUUCCCUCCUCUCGCCCCUCUCGCCCCGCCCCUGCUCCCUCCCACUUCCCCGCACCCAACCCUUCCACGCUCCCCCCUCCCCCCUCGUCGCCGUGCCCGCCUGCACCUCCCUCUGCGUCAACCGCCGUGCCUCCUGCUCCCCCCACUGCUGCUGCUGCUGCUGCUGGAGCAAGAACAGCAGCAGCAGCAGCAGCAGCAGCUGAAGCAGCGGGAGCAGCGGGCGUGGGCCUGUGGCAGUGGCGGGAGCAGUGCUUCCUGCUGGCCGCAGAGGAGGACGCGGAGGAGGAGCAUUCUCACAGCCCUCUCACUCUACACCCUGCCACGCGGGUUGGGAUGGGUCUGGGACACGGGGACAGUCAGUGUGUCGGUGGUAGGGGCGCAGAUGGGAAUGGGGAGGGGGGUGAGUGCAGGGAUGGGGGCGGAAGGGGGUUGGGAGCGGUUGAAAGGAGGGAUGGUGCAGGUGAUGUUGGUGCUGGGGUGGAAUUGUGGCGAGAGGAGGGGGGAUGUGCGAAGGAGAGUGAGUGUGCGAGGGAGAAUGAGGGUGGGAGAGAGAGUGAGGGCGGGAGAGAGAGUGAGGGUGGGAGAGAUAUUGAGCAUGGGAGAGAGAGUGAGGGAGGGAAAGAGAUUAAGCAUGGGAGAGAGAGUGAGGGAGGGAGAGAAAGUGAGUGCGGGGGAAGGAGCAAGCCUGUGAGAGAGAGCGAGUGUGGAGAAGAGAGAGAAUUAGAAGGAGGGAGUGAACGUUGGGAGGAGGGGGAGUGUGCGAAGCUCGAAUCAUCCCGCGAGAAAGAGCAUUUGGUGCUGCUGCAGAGACCAUCCGUGAUCCCCGAGAAAGGCGCGUGUGUGUGGAGCAGCGGUGCAAGAGAAGGAGACCAGCCAUCAUCCCCUCCUCAUGAUCUCCCUCCUUGCCCUGCUGCAGCACAGCACGCGGCAGAAGGCGAGGCCCUGCAGGAGCGAGUGGCGGAAGAGCGAGGGGAAGACGGGAAGUCUGGGAACGGACACAAGGGGAUGGAGGAGGAGGGCCAGGCGGAGGAAGGCAAGUGUGGUGGGGCGCGUGAGGAGCGUGAGGAGCGUGAGGAGCAGCGGUUGCAGUCGCUGGAGUGCAGAACAGCUCACUGCUCCCUGCGUGCACGUGCCACUGCCGCCCCUGUUCCGGUGCUACCUGCCUCUGCCUCCCUUCCACCGUACCCCCUUUCGCCCUCCCCCAUGGAAGAGCAUCAGUGCCACGUGCCACCAGGACUACCAGCAACGGGAGCACCACCACCACCGCUACCACGACCGUCGCCACCAUCGCCGACGCACAUCAUAGACAUUGACAGUAACGACAGCGACCCGCAGUUCUGCACUCCCUAUGCUGCUGACAUCCACGCCUACCUCCGCAUUGCCGAGGUGAGGCGCUGCGCAGCGCGGUGCAGUGCAGUGCAGCGCGCGGCGGCACCAGCUUACGCACCAACUCCGUUCACCCCCCCUCCCGUCCUGUUCCGUCCCCUCUUCUUUGUCCCCUCCCCAUUCCCCCCCAUCCUCCCCCAACCCACCAUCCCCUCGUCCCCCGUGCAGCGGCGGCACCGACCCACAAUGGCGCUGGAGGAGGGGAGGGGGGGCGACAUAAGCGCGGCGAUGCGGGGCAUUCUGAUGGACUGGCUGGUGGAGGUGGCGGAGGAGUACAAGCUCGUGCCCGACACGCUCUUCCUCACCGCCGCCUACAUCGACCGCUUCCUCUCCCACGCCACCGUCACCCGCAACCACCUGCAGCUCCUCGGCAUCGCCUCCAUGCUCAUCGCCUCCAAGUACGAGGAGAUAUACGCGCCGCAGGUGGACGAGUUCUGCUACAUCACGGACAACACAUACCGCCGCCACGAGGUGAUCGACAUGGAGUGGCGCGUCCUGCUACAACUCAACUUCGUCCUCGCCACGCCCACCACCAAGAGCUUUCUCAGCUUCGUUCUCCCUCACUCCUUUCACUUCCACCCCUUCCACCCCCCAUUUUCCCGUGUUCCUCCUCUUCAACCCCAUUUGCCCUCCUCUUCCGUCUCCCUGCCACUCCACCCAUCCGUGCAGGCCCCAUCACUGCAGCUGGAGUUUCUGGGAAACUUCUUGGCGGAGCUGACACUGCUGGACUGCACGUGUGUGGCCUUCCUUCCCUCGCAAGUGGCCGCGGCAGCUGUCUUCCUCGCCAAGCUCACUCUCUUCCCCUCGCUACCACCCUGGGUAUCGCUCCUCACGCCCUACGGCCUCACUCCUCCUCACUCCCUCUCACUCCUCCUCACUCCCUCUCACUCCUCCUCACUCCCUCUCACUCCUCCUCACUCCCUCUCACUCCUCCUCACUCCCUCUCACUCCUCUUCACUUCUCACUCCUCCUCACUCCCACUCACUCAUCCUCUCUCCGCACUCCCUCUCACUCCUCACUCCUCACUCCACUCCUGACCCUGCAUACACACUUGCCCCUCCUUCCACACGCCUAGGCUAG